AUGCUCAAGACCAUACCUCUUCUGCUUCUGGCUUCCUCCUUCGCGUUUGCGCAGACCGUCAACCUCGACCCGACCAUUUUCUAUAAUGUGCGAGUUGGAGGGAAGGUCUCGGGAUGUUCUCCGUUGAACAAUAUGAUGAGCAAUCGUGGCUGCGACAAUACUCUGCAAGACCUUUGGAACAACGACGACGGGACUCAUAACCAGCGCUACCGAUUCGUCAAGGUCCCUGGUACCACCAACACUUUUAACAUAAUCUCUGGAUGUCAAUUGUAUCUCAGCUGCCAGUCUUGCGGAGGGUCAACCAAACCGGAUCUCUAUGGCACUGAUGAUGGUUCGGGUCGACAAAGAUGGAUCCUCACACCCGUCUCCGGAGUCGCCAACACCUUCACAAUUCAAGUAGCAGGUGGACGGGAUGCGUCUUGCGGAGUCUUCCUGUCAACUGGGGCUCAAUGCGGAGAUAGCUAUGUCGAUCUCUAUACUAGUGAUGAUGGUUCUGGCCGCCAGCGAUGGACGCUCACUCCAGUUGCCAGCGCAGGAGGCUCGCUUCCCCUUGAAGCAUUCAAGUAUAACGAGCUUCCCCUUGGAGCUGUUAAACCUUCGGAGAACUCUUGGCUGAAAAACCAGCUUGUCGCGCAAGCAAGUGGUCUUCACGGCAAUCUUCAAAACUUCUGGCCAAUUGUGCAAACCUCCCAAUGGGUCGGUGGCACCUCCGAUUAUAGCUCUCUUCAUGAGGGCGGAUCCUAUUGGUUCAACGGAAUCGUACCAGCCGCUUUUCAGCUGAACGACCAACGACUGCUCGGCGACGUCGGAAAAUGGGUGUCUUAUAUCAUUUCGCAUCAGACUGCCGAUGGGUGGCUUGGACCAGAUAGCGACCCGCGCAUUCUAUGGGGAACUUACCCCGCUUUGCUUGCUCUGCGGCAGUAUGCCCAGGCUAACUCGACAGCGGCGCCGACCAUUCUGAAUGCCCUGGACAAGUUUUUCGUCACCAUGAACAACAUGGUUUCGACCAGUGGCGCGGGAUUGGAAGAAUGGGGCAUUAUGCGCUGGCAGGAUGUCUCGAUUGUCAUCGAAUGGAUGCUCGACGUGUUUCCCAACGGAAAGGACACAAUGUACCUGAACCUGCUCAAACUUCUGCGGACCUUCGGGGCACCAUGGCCACACAGCUUUUCAUCUGGUGUCCUGCCGACCGACGCCAUCAACGCAGUAGACAUCCGAUUCCAUGGCGUCAAUGUUGCUCAGGCGAUAAAAUCUGAAGCUGUCGCUUUCAGGUUCUCUCACGAUUCGGCUGACCUCGACUCCACCCGCCAGCGGAUUAGUCUAAUCGACCAAUACCAUGGAAGAGUCAGCGGAGUCCUGAAUGCGGAUGAACAUUUAGCUGGGAAAGGCCCCCAACGGGGUUCAGAGUUGUGCACUGUGGUGGAGAGCAUGUACAGCUUCGAGUAUGUCUACUCUGUUUUAGGGGACAAUGCAUAUGCGGAUCGAGUCGAAAAGCUUGCUUUCAAUGGCAAAUUCUUUCCACAACUCGUGUUAGAGUUUACUCAUCAUCCUGUAGCACUUCCAGCGACAACGUCGGACAACAUGUGGCAACAUCAGUACCUUCAGCAGUCAAACCAAAUCCAGGCUGCGCAUAUCGAUCCCAAUCCGUUUGCGACUGAUGGCCCCGAUUCGACUAUCUUCGGCUUAGCGCCAAACUAUCCGUGCUGCACAGUCAACCAUGGUCAAGGGUGGCCGAAGUUCAUCAGCCACGCAUACAUGACCUCUCCUGACUCGACAACCCUCUACCACGUUCUUCUCUCCCCAACGACAUUUUCCUCGACACUCGCGAACAACAACAAAGUGUCAGUCGCGGCGCAAACCGACUACCCGUUCUCUUCCGCGAUCAAGUACACCAUUUCGGCGGCCCAAGCAUUCAACUUUGGUAUCCGUGUCCCAGGAUGGGUCCCGUCGUCGCGUAUUUCCUACUCCAUCGAUGGAGGCGCCACGCAAAGCGCUACUGCCAACAGCGCGGGAUACGUUGUUUUGAACAUAGGCGCCGGAUCGCAUUCAAUCUCGGUCACGAUACCGAUGAACAUCCAAACCACCACCGCCUACGGCAAUUUCCGUCGCUGUCACCCGCGGACCGUUGGUGUACUCGCUCAACAUCGAUUUCUCGACGACCGUGCUGGCCACUUACUACUCCAACUCGAGCGAUCUCAAAUUCUCGCCAACUUCUGUCUGGCAAUACGCCCUGUCGACCACCAACCUCGUGUAUAA